AUGGUGUUUUCACGACGAGCUCCUGCCGGGUGGUCCGUAUCAAGGGCAGCGUCCUCGUUCACGUUCUUGGCCUUGUUACCGCAGCUGCUGCUCACAACUUCCGGUGUACUGUCUGAGGUCGUUGUCACUGGAAAUACGCAUAGCGUGCGACGUGGACGAGGAGAAGACUCGUCGUCGGAGGAUGGUCAAUGUCCUCUUGCCGUUGAUACGAGCGCGGCGACGGGCGCCACCUGCGUUUCCUCCGCAGAGCUGCAUCCAGGCAAUGUGAUCACGACUCUACGCGCACCCCUGCAAGCGAACACGAUCCGCAGUGUUGUUCCAGUCAAAAUUCGCUACACGGCACCUGGUCCUAUGGAUGUGAUGAGUGCAUUUUUGGCGUCGAUGCAAGAUAGACAAGGCUCUUCAUGGAAGGCCUCGCCCUCGCAAAAUGGAGCGACGGCACCAGUGUUGGCGACCCCGUUUGGAGGCACAUCAACAAGCUCGAACAAUUUGUUUUGAAUCUGAAUCAUCAUAUAUAAAACUACUUCCAUGACAAAGAAAUAAUAUGGUGAACACAUGUAAAUGCUGAAGCUGAUGCUGUGGCUUUGAUUGGUGUAAUGCCUUGGAUACUCAUGUAUGUUGUCCAGGACCAAAUGAUCUUUGUUUCAAUAUCAGGAACCUUCCGCGCUCCCGUGUAUCACUUCGUGCAGUCCCCAGACUUGACCACCGUUCAGUUGCCCUUCAAGUUGUUACUUUUGCGGACGCUUGUUGCUCCUUCUGUGUACGCCCUCGAAGUGCCAGAAUCACAGGCCGUUGAUAGCUGGUUCCCAGGCUACAAGUGGUCGGUGCUGCUCUGUAUCGACCAAACAGCAUCACUAACGGAUGACAGAGCACCCGCAGUACGACACCUCGGAUGGCGAUUCACGAGGAUCACCUCCAAGACCGUGAAGUACAGCCCACAAGCAGGUGAAGAUGCAGCAGGAGAUGCUCGACUCGAGGACGUUCUUUAUGCUGUGAUUGUGGAGCACACGAGCGAAGAGGAACCAGCUGGCAAAGUCGCAAGCGGGAUUCCGCAUGCCAGCGCUAUCGGUAUCCGUCAUGAUUACGGAGAAAGUGACGUCGAUCGUGCUGUGGCUCACCCUGACCUAGCCGCAUUGGAGAUCGCACCGCGUAAGCCAGAGGCCUGGAUGCUGGCUGCCUACGUGGCCGCGACGAAGGUGAUGGGGAAAUCGGUUAGAUAAGUCUGACAAAAACUCGAAGAUUAGUUGUGGGGAAUCAUGAAGUGAAGAAUUGGUUCUAGAUCGUACUGAGACGGAGUACAACAACUACUACACAUGUCGCAAUUACAAAGAGCACACAGCAGAAUGAAGCUGGUCAUUAUCAAUUUGAACAUCAUAUCUUCUUCAUGUAGAUAUAAUUCUGUAAUGUAUAACUCUACGUUUACAACUAAGUGGUUCUUCAACGCAGAAAAGCCAAAACGUGACAAAUACCUUCCCGCAAAGACACGCUAUGUAUGUACCAAAUAAGACGCAAGAUGACCACAGCCUGUUGCAUCCUGCGUCCUCCCAAACAUUGUCAUACACUUAGACCUCCUCUGAGUAAAAUUGUGAUCAAGUAGACAGAUCUUACGCGGAAAUAAGGAAAGUCGCGUCCGUC